UUGCCGUAUAAUGAACUUGUUGCUGUGUUAAUUUGCGGAGGAGUUGUUUUUCAUCCCGCUUUUCUAUGUGGACUUUGAUGGAUGUCUGUGCACAUAUUUGAAUCAUCGUUGAAACAGGGGAGACGAGGUGUCAAAGAGGAGCCGAGGAAUAACUUGAGAGAAAGAGCAUGAGCACAGCAUCAUCAGGUCGGAAGACCCCAGUGGACUACGGUGUCCAGAUCCGCUUCAUCAAUGACCUCGGUGAAACUGGGCAGCCUGGGUCCCAGCCCAAGAUCAAGACUCAGACCACCUCCAAAUAUGGUGUGGCGGUCAGGGUGCAGGGAAUCGCUGGCCAGCCAUAUGUGGUCCUGAAGGACGGAGAGAAAGGAGACUCAUAUGGAGUCCAGCUCAGAACCCAGUACCCGUCGGGCUACAGUAGCCUUCCCCGGAGGAGAGACAAGGCAGAGCCAGGAACACAUGGGGUAGAUGUGGGAGGAGGAAGCGGCGGAGGAGGGCAGGGAGGGGCACUACGGCGGGCCCAGUCCCAUGGGUCACUGCUGGACAGGGAUGGAGAGGGAGGUGCAGGCAAUGAGGACUUUCAGCUGUCUAGGCCACCAGGGGAUGGGAAGUCUGGUAGUUAUGGAAACCUGGAUGGAGGAUUAGGAGUAAGAGGUGAGAGAGAGCAGCCUCGGCGUGCCGGUGGUAGAGAGGGGGACAUGGAAAGGAAUAUGUGGGAUAGUUCGUAUCAGGCAGGUCUCAGUGGGUCACUGAGGAGCAGUCAGUCCUACCCUGACCCUCCUCAACAAAUAAAUGAGUUUCACUCUAGUCAGAGACAGACUUCUGUCAAUAGACUAGUAAACAGGUUUGAUGGUGGUAACACCGGGGGCCAGCAGAGAGGCCUCCCACCCCCACAACACGACCCCAGAGCUACAUCUCCUAUCCUCAACUCCAGGCCCUAUACCUCACCUCCGUCCUCAACACACAGCAGCUUGGGACAUGGCCAGGGUGCUGUCACCAGAUUUCCUGGACAAUCCACUAAUCAGUGGUCUUCAUCUGGGAGAUAUGCUGCCGUGGCGACACCGCAGGCCAGUAUGACUGAGGCACAAGUGACCCCUGACCUUUUGCUGGACCAGGGUCAGAGUGCAGAGAUGAGCAGUGAGGAGGAGCAGGUCAUGGAGACAAUAUACAACAUCCUGAGGCAAGGAUCUCACGAGAGUGAUGUUGUCAUCAAUCACAAAGUCAAGCUCAUCUUUCAGAAGAUUCAGAAUAUAAAGUCCAAAGAAAGCCCCAGGGAAGAGUGGAUAAGAGAAAAGAGGGAGCUGGAGAGAAAGAUGGCUGAACUACAAACUGCCCUGCGAGAGGAAAGAAGGGACUCUGUUAGCAAUUCUGAUCCCGCUCUGAAAGCUGAGCUGGAGUCCUGUCUGGAUGAAAAUCUGCAACUCCGGGAGAUGUUGGACCGGAAGAAAACAGAUUUAAAUGAAACACAAUCAGAGUUGACUCAGCUGCGUAUGGAAAGGGAGAAUGCAGAAGCACGGGCCAGAGAGAUGGAGGACCAGCUGGCUGAGCUUCAGGAUGAUCUGAGAAAAGAAAACAGCAACAAGACGGACCUGAUGUCUUAUCAAGCACAGCUGAUGGAGGUGUGCCAGCUGAAACAUAAGCUGGAGGAGACGCUGAGGCAGAGAGAGAGGGAGCUAACAGCUCUGAAAGGAGCACUGAAGGAAGAGGUGGCCACACAUGACAAAGAGAUAGAGGCACUCAGAGAGCAGUACAGUGCUGACAUGGAGAAGCUCCGUAGCAGCAUGGAGCAGGUGUCUCAGUCUCACGCAGGGAUCGAAGCAGAGCGGUUGCGUGUCAAUGCAUCAGUUCGCUCUCUCCAGCAGCAGUUGGAGGACUGUAGAGACGAGAGCAGCCACUGGAUGGAGCAGUUUCAUGCCACCAGAGAUGAACUUCGAACAACUAAACAAGAGCUCCUGCAAGCUCGUCUGGAAAAAGAGGAGUUUGAGGAGGAACUGAAGGAGCUCCAGGAUAAAAUGAGCACCAUGAAACAACAGAUACCAGACCCCAGCCACACACAGACUCUCAACCAGGAGCUCCAGCGAUACAAUGCUGAUCUGCAGAAGGCAAAGUCUGAGGUGGAGAAGCACAGGACAGAGUUUGACAAGAAGGUCAUGGAGGUCAUCUCCAUUAAAAAAUCUCACCAGAACCAAGAGGCAGAGCUGAAGUAUGAGAUUGACAGGCUAAAGGACCAGUUACAGAGGGCCAAAGAAGACAUUGCCAAGGCACAGGAGAAAAACAAACGGCUCCCAGACCCAGCCACCAUCUCAGAGCUGGAGCAGAAGCUUGGCGAGGCGCGUAGUGAAGCUAGCCAGCUCAAAGAGAAACUCUCAUUGUCUGCAGAGGAACUGGAGGCCAGUAAAGCACAGCUCAGUAGAGCUAAGAUGGACCUUAAAUCACUGCAAGAUUCCCAGGAGGAGCAGAAAGAGGCCAACACACGUCUAAAAGAGAAACUCUCACGGUUAGAGGCUCAGCUGCAGACUAAUGCCGCAGAGAGCUCAGAGGCAGAGCUCGCCCUCCACUCUGAGGUGAGAGGCCUGAGAUCUGAGCUAGAUGAGGCAAAGAGAAAAGCCUCCAAACUGAGCCAGGAGCACCGUGAACUCAGCCUGCGCCUGGAGGACACGGAGAAAGACAGGGAGACGCUCAAACAGACCGCCAACCAGCUGGAGGAGACCAAACGGCAACAGGAGAGAGCUCUAGAGAAACUCAACAAAGAGUAUGAGUCUCUGACCAUGUCCUCAAGAGGGGAGGCACAGGUUCUUAGGGUUCAGUUGGAGGAGCAGAGAGAGAGAGCACGCAAGGAAAUGCAGGAGGUGCAGCGUCAUGGAAACGACGCGCAGACCGAGCUGGAAAAAAGCCAUACAAACCUAAGGAGACUGGAGGAAGAAAUGUCACGACAGAAGAAGGAGCUCCUGCUUGUAUGUGAGGAGAGAGACAACCACCAGCUGGAUAAAGAGCUUCUCACCAACAGACUGCGCCACCUUGAGGCAGAGAUAGAGGCCAGCAAAAACAACCACAAUGACAAAAGCCGAGAGAUUCGCAUCCUGGAGGACAAGCUGAAACGCAUGGAGUUGGAGCUGGAGGAGGAGAAAAGCAGCGUAGAGAUGCUGACAGACCGGAUGGCCAGGAGCAGAGACCAGAUCGAUCAGCUCCGCUCUGAGCUCAUGCAGGAGAGGUCUUCCAAACAGGACCUGGAGCUGGACAAGAACGCCAUGGAGAGACAUCUGAAGGAGCUGAGGAGUCGUGUGGCUGACAUGGAGGGCCAGUCUCGCUCCUCAGCAGGAGUCUCCCAGCUGGAAAACAAGAUCCAAGAGCUUGAAGAACGCCUGCGCAGUGAGGAAAGGGAGAAGAACUCUGUGUUGGCGUCUCAACGUCGUCUGGAGAGGAAACUUAAAGAACUCAAUAUGACGCUGGAUGAGGAGCGGCACACACACACUGAACAGAGAGAUCAGCUUUCUCUGAGAGUGAAGGCCCUUAAGAGGCAGGUGGAUGAAGGAGAGACAGAGCUGGAAAGGAUAGAUGGACUCAGAAGAAAAGCUCAGAGAGACAUGGAGGAACAGAUGGAGCUCAAAGAGGCCUCGCAAGCCAGAGUCACAGCUCUGGAGGCUGAGCUCAAGAGGAAAACUCAGACAGCAAUGCGCCCUGCUUUGGAUUCAUCAGCCCUCAGCUCAGAUGACGACGACAGCCUUUAUGACCCGUCCACCAUCACCUCCAUCCUCACUGAGAGCAACCUCCAGACCAGCUCCUGUUAAAGCAGCACUUUGGGGACAGGACGAGGGUGGGGAAACAUAGCACUGCCAGGGGGAAAAAAAUGGAUGGAGGUGAAGGUUAUCUGGUUUGUAGAUUGGGAGUAAAGCCAAAAGGCAGAAUGGCAUGCACUACAGACAAAGAGGGAGGGGUACAAAGACCAUGGAGGUACUUACAUAUUGUAGAGGUUAGUAGGGGAAUGAUUUUCCACACCAGAAUGAAUGGAAGGAAACAAAACAUCCUCUUCAUUUCAGGGAAUUUGCUUCAGUCUACAGCGUACGCAGAUGUUCUCCAUGGUACAGUUUCAUGCACAUAGUCCACUACCAACACACCUCAGACGAUUUUGAGGUUGAGAUUCUUGGCUCGAGCACUUACGGUACUACGUCUGACUUUGACUGAAUAUAGAAUAACAGUCUCAUCAUUUCCUGGUGUUGAUAGUUUACAUGUUUUUACUUUAGUUUUUAUUUUAGUUUUCUCUGCAGCACAGCUGCAACUGACUGAACUCACAAAUUCUGUACAAUGCACAAAACUUAGAUCUACUGGAAACAUGGACUUAAUCACACUGAGUAUGUUAUAAUAGUCACAAGUGAUUUAAAACUGCAAACAAUACAACAGUGUAAACACGCUGUUUUUCUGAGUUAAUUUGAGCCUAAUGGUCUGAUGCAAAUGAUUCUUACCGAAUGAAAUCUAGAUUUUGUUUACUGAAAACAAAAUAAUUAAUUUGUUGUGUAUAUUUGUACCUAUGGAAUAUGUCUGUCCUUUGCCUGAAGAUAGUCUGGGACAAUAGUUUACUCCACUUUCCAGUCUUCAGUGUCACAUGGUACACAGUUUAGGGAUUCUGAAUUAUAAAAUACAGCAAAGUAUGACACUAAUAGCAUCUCAAAUUACUUUUCUUGGACAGGGACACAUUCUGCUUCCAGACUAGUAAUAAAUCACAAAAAUGACAGAAACCUCAUGUUAAAGGUUAAGAUUUUAGUUUUAUUGUUGUUCUACCUUGUAAGUCAUUAUUCACUGUAUCUGUGGCAGUUUCCUGGUUAAGGUCCGCCAGACCUUAGACCUUUGGUUCUGUGGUUUAUGUGAGGACAGAGAGGUCUGUGCUGAUAAAAUAACUCUGACAGAAUAUGGGGUGUAAAAGUGUUUUUUCCUCUUUUGGAGGAAAACAAUGGCCAAAUAUCCUCUCUGUGUGGUAGAAACUUCACGUUUUUUUGUUGAAGCUACACAGUUUCUAUGCAUUCUUUUUUAUUACGUCAAUGAAACAUAUAUACUGUCAUUUCAUUACAAUGCCUUAAAAUUGCUUAAAAUAAUUUGACUUGUUAUUCUUAUCUGAAUGAUUUUUUUUUGUAAAGUCUUUGUAUUUAACAUUUGUAGGUGUUGUGAGGCUUAAUCUGGUUUUGUAAACACUUUGAACAAUCAGCUGAAUUUAUAAUUGUAUUACAUUUUUCUGCAAUGUAAUGUUUCUUCCUGUCUUUCCAGUGAAACUGGAAAAUGGUACAUAUGAUUUGUUAGACAGUUGAGUAUAAAUAUGUUGAAUUUAAAUGCUGGUAAAUACUGUAAUUGUGGCUGGAAACCUUUCACACUAACUGGACUUCAGAAAAUAGAUCUUUUUUUCUAUUGCAUAUAA